CAGAGAAAUUCUUUUUUUAGGCAAAUCCGGGUGUAGCCGAGAACAUGGACACCGAUGAGCAGUUAGCCCGUUUCGUGGACAAAGCCAUGGUGCUACACGCAUCACUACCACAAAAAAUGGGCAGUUUCGCAAAUUGCACAACACGAUUCGAUGGAACAAGAAGCGAAGACGAAUUGCUGGCAUUCAUCAACACUGUCAAGCUGUACAAGGAUCUCGAGAAAAUCAGCGAUGAAGUAGCUCUGCAGGAACUACAUCUUACACUGUAUGGGGAAGCCGCUACAUGGUGGCAGGAAGUGAAAGGAGACAUUCACGUGUGGUCCGAAGCUUUGAAAAUGUUAAAACUAAAAUUUAUGCCAAAAAAACCGGCGUAUGAAAUAUACGCUGCAUUGUUUGCCGUGAAACAAGAUGACUAUAUUCCCACAGAAAUGUUUAUACAGCAGAAACGAGCUCUUCUGGCCGAAUUACCACGGCCACAUCCCGAAGAUGUGCAGAUCGACAUGAUUUAUUCAUUACUGAAGUCUAGAAUUAGGAGGAAAGUACCUAGAGAAUCAGUAGUUUCUUUCGAUCAAUUAAUCAGGGCAGCUCAAAAAGUCGAGCAUUCAAAAUAUAAAAGACGUGUAAAGCGAUUUCAGAAAUUCGAAUACAAAGCUUUGAGGCCCGUUUCGUCCGCACUACUAAAAUGUUCGGACUGCGGAAAAUCUACAAAAUUCGACGUAAAGGGAAAUUGUUGUACAUGCUUUUCACGGCGACAUAAAACUUCAAGACGUAGAAAAGAGAUCCUAAAUGUUACCCCGCCGCAAAAUUUUGACCAGAUUCAUUUAAGUGGUUUCAACCCUGACAUCAACCCAUUUAGUAUUUAAUUUACUUCGAU